AUUUCUCUCCCCCCCCCCCUUCACUUAGCACCGUGCUAUGGCUGAGUGUCGGUGUGCAGGCUCAGUGCGCAUGCGCCCCACUGCUGGCAGUUUCAUGUGAGACAAGGGGAGAGUGCGAGGCAGGCACAUAGGGGAAGAAGGGAACUAGCGAGCGAGCUGAGAGAAAUGCCUAUUGCUGCCAUCUCCCUACCGCCGCCACCAAUGUCCUCUACCUCCUCCUGAUCCCCCUCUCUCUCUCAGUGUGGGUAACACACAAGGAGGAGGAAUAAGAGGCUGCCCCAUGAUCCCGUAGGCAUGGUCAGCUCGGUGAGUAGAGGGGGUGGAACAAACCCUUCUCUUCAGCGCUCACAUUGAGCAGCUCUGUCUGUGCAAACCGACUCAGCCCCAGAAGCAGCAGCACUGCCAUCUAUGCGCUACUGACACGAACCUGGCUGUGCGGGCAGCUGCCUCUCUGAGACUCGGGACGCCUUCUUCUUACGCUGCGCACUUUCUGCUUGUGGGGAAAGGAAGCGCAGUGCGGUGCCAUGGGAAGGUAGAUGGGCAGCAGCUGGUGCAAGGGGAACUGGAUCGGCAAGGUCUCUGGAAUAAAGCGACGGGUCGGCCUUUCUGGAGCAGAACCCUUGGUUGGAGCAUUGUGGUACAGCUUUGACAUGGUCUGAGAAUUAGGAGUCAGAACUGGGGACACCGUCAUUGCUGGUGUUGGGAGGGUGGGGGGCACAGCAUGGAUUUGGAUUAAAAGCAAAUAAAAAGAAGUGGAUCUGCGGCACGUCACCUGGAUUUGGGUUUUGUUAAACUGAACGUUGUUUCCCCCGUUUGCGUUGCGGCAUUAAGCGAAGGAGCAGUAGCGAUUGCAGCUGGAUCUAUAAAGCGGCGAGAGGACGGGUGGCUUUGGGGAGGUUGUCCGUGUGCUCGAGUGGAUUGCAAUUAAGCACCUGCGGCAGGGUGGAUCGAGAUUUGGAUUAUUAUCCAGGGGAACAAAAAUCAGGGAAAGGUGGAUUCGGCGAAGAAACCCCUGAAUUCCCCAGGCGGUAGCUGCACUUGGCAGUAGCUACAGAAGGCGCCGCUAGCAUGUGUGCUGUACAAGUAAAGUUGGAGCUGGGCCAUCGAGCCCAGGUCAGGAAGAAACCUACACUAGAAGGAUUCACUCACGAUUGGAUGGUAUUUGUCCGGGGGCCAGAGCACAGCAACAUUCAGCACUUUGUGGAGAAAGUUGUCUUUCAUUUACAUGAGAGCUUUCCCAGGCCUAAAAGAGUGUGUAAAGACCCACCAUACAAAGUUGAAGAAUCCGGAUAUGCUGGUUUUAUUUUGCCAAUAGAGGUCUACUUUAAAAAUAAGGAGGAGCCUAAGAAAGUCCGUUUUGAUUAUGACUUAUUCCUGCACCUUGAAGGGCACCCACCUGUGAACCAUCUUCGCUGUGAAAAACUUACCUUUAAUAACCCUACUGAAGAGUUCCGUAGAAAACUGCUAAAGGCCGGAGGAAUUAUGGUUACAUCAGAGGGAUCUUCUUUUUCUUCGGGAACCAGCCUACAUCUUCCCAGCCUUCCCUGUAACUCAUUGUCAUUUUCAGAUGUAAAAAAGAGCAAAUCAUCUCAUGGAUCCAAGGACCCAAAUAAACUUGUUAGUAUAAACAACAGCAGUAACAGCAUUAGCUUGUCCAAACCCCACAAGUCUUCAAAGGAGCACAAAGAAAAAUCAUCAAAAUACUCAAAAGAGCAUAGAAGUGCCUUCAAAGAACCGUCCAGGGAACAUAAUAAAUCUUCCAAAGAAUCCUCAAAAAAACCCAAAGAAAACAAACCACUGAAAGAAGAAAAAAUAGUCCCUAAAAUGGCCUUUAAGGAACCUAAACCCAUGUCAAAAGAGCCAAGGUGUGAGAACAAUAAUAUCCUUACUGUAUCCACUGGACAUCAACAAGAAAAGAAACUCUCUAGCAAGCGGCCUCCACAUUUGGACUCUGAGGACCCAUUUGCCAGGAAACGAAAAAAAAGCAACUCUGAGUCAUCAGUUAAAAGUUUUUCUAAUUCCUCACUCCUUAUAUUGUCAUCUUCUGACAAAAAGCCACUAAGGGACAAAUCUGUGCAUAAAAUUGGGAAGGUAAAGAUUGAAAGUGAAGUCAUGGACAAGAAAAAGCUAUCGCUACCCCCAUUUGAAGACAUUGUAGAUCCAAAUGACACAGACAUGGAGGAUAACAUGUCAUCCAAAUCAGAGUCAGGUCAACCGAGCCCCGCAAGUUCCAGUUCCAGCUCCAGUUCCAGUUUGGCCCCCCCACCUCAUAACCACAGACAAGGUUUCUUUGUGUCCUGCCCAGGCUCCCUGCGGUCGAUCGUAAAAGACUUACAUUCUGAUGACAAUGAAGAUGAAUCAGAUGAUGCUGAGGACAAUGACUCAGAGGGCGAGAGAACAAUCUACAUGCAUGGAGGGAGCCGAGCUCGCAGGAUCAGCCUCAGUGAUGGAAGCAACAGUGAAAGUAGUUCUGUUUCUUCUCCUUUGCGAAAUGAGCCACCCACUUUGUUAAAAACAAAUAAUAAUCAGAUCCUAGAAGUGAAAAGCCCUAUCAAGCAGAGCAAGUCUGAAAAACAGAUCAAAAAUGGGGAUUGUGACAAGGCAUACCUAGAUGAAUUAGUAGAGCUUCACCGAAGAUUAAUGACUCUAAGAGAAAGACAUGUACUUCAGCAGAUCGUGAAUCUAAUAGAAGAAACUGGACACUUCCAUAUCACAAAUACAACCUUUGACUUUGACCUUUGUUCUCUUGACAAAACCACAGUCCGUAAACUACAGAGCUACCUGGAAACAACUGGGGCUUCUUGAGGGUGUGACAUUCGCCUGCCUUGUAUGGACACUUUAAGGACAGGAAGAAGUUUUGAACUGUUCAGGAUAACACAAAUAGAUCCAGGUCCUCAAGAAAAAAUGGAUAAAGAAAACCUCUGCCUAUUUUUUUUCCUUUUUUUUGUUGUUUCCUGAGAUCACAGAUGAAGAAAAUAAAAUACCAUGACACAUGGAAAGUUAUCCUUCCUCACUCUGUUUUUGAGAUUAAACCUGGAAAGCCUUGAAAUGAAAAAAGACAUACAAUGUUAUUUCUUAAACUAAUGUGUUCGAUAUCAUGUGACGUUUAGUGGCAUUUGAGUCCACAAGACGUAUGCAUGUUACUCACACACUGCCUUACUACGUGACUGCUUUAUUUAUUACUGCAUACCUGUUUUCCAAAAGUCAUUGUGGAAUGACACUACCAUAUGCUACAAGCCACUAUAUGCUCCAUUUUACGAGCACGACCUGUCACCAGAAUCCAAGUGACUAUAUUCGCAGGAAAGUUUCUCCAGCCAAGCAGCGAACACUUGCUUACUGUUUCCACUGGUUUGUUUUUAGGAAUUGUAGACACAGAUAUGAGAAAGAAAAAAAAAGCGGACCAAGCUCAGUUUUACUGUCAGCCUUGUUUAAUUCAGGGUAUUUGUCUCAAUGAAAUCAUCCAAUGAACAGUCUUUCAAAAACAGCAACAAACAAAUGCACCAAAUAGCAUUAUGUGACUCGUAGCCUUACUAGAAGAAUAAGUAGGAUGUCAUGACAAAACAUUAAGUGUUGAGCUGAUCUGGAUCCAACAUUGUUUGUCUAAUCAAUAUGCUUGUGUCUAUUUCAAUGUUAUUUCUCUUGCUAUCUAUAUAUACAUAUAUAUAUAUAUAUAGGGAAAAAAAGUAAGGGCAGCCAACAUUUUCUUUGUUGAAAAAGCACCCUGUCCCCCCCAUUCUUGUCUAAAGAAAUGGUGUAGAAAUUUCUUUAUUUGGGACUAUUUAUUACAAGUUUCCGCUGUCUGUUGAUGGCAGUUGUUAAUUAUUGUUACUAUGGACAAGUGGCAUUCAAAGUUAGUAUUUUUUUUCUGUAUGUUAUAUAUUUGUUUAUGGUUCACUAAUGUAAACUUUUUUUUUCUACUCGGAAAUUAAAUUCAUUUCCCUUGAACGUUCUAAUGCUGUUAUGAACUUGGAUUUUUCUCCCACCAAACAUUUGGCAUAUCCUGUUAUAACAGAGGCUUCUGCCUCUGCUGUGUUUAAAUGAAGUGUAUCAUUUGUUUGAAUGACAGUAUGGUAAAUAUAAAGCUGGCCAUACGUGUACCAAUAAAACUAUGUUUUUUA